UUCCCCUCCUCAGCAAGCCAGCCUCAUCUUCUCAUACCACUCACUGUUCCACAUCAAGAACAAAGAACGGGAGGAAAAGAAGUAGAAAGGGUUACCAAGGAUCUGCUCACCAUGGCGUCCUACGACAAGGCCUUCGAGUCCUACAAGAAGGCCCUCACCACCGCAGCGUCCGUCGCGGCAUCUCUGAUGCUGGCGCGCAGCGUGGUGAACGAGGUGGUGCCGUACGAGUUGCGCGAGAUGCUCUUCUCCGGCUUCGGCUACCUGCGCUCGCACAUGUCGUCGCAGCACACCAUCAUCGUCGAGAAGAAGAAUGAUGGAUUCACCAACAACCACAUCUACAACGCCGUGAGGACGUACCUCGCGACACGCAUCAACACCGACCUGCAGCAGCGUCUGCGGGUCAGCAGCAUGGACGAGAAUGACAAGAUGAUGAUCAGCAUGGCGGAGGGAGAGGAGAUGCUGGAUGUUUAUGAAGGAACAGAAUUUAAAUGGUGCCUCAUCUGCCAAGACAACUCAAGUGACUCCAGCAAUGGCAAUGGCACUCCCAACGAGGUCUCCUUUGAGGUUAGCUUCCACAAGAAUCACAAGGAGAAAGCCCUCAAAUCAUACUUCCCGUUCAUUUUGGCCACAGCCAAGGACAUAAAAGCUCAGGAGAGAACUCUCAGGAUAUACAUGACCGAGUACUCGAGCGAGUGGUCCCCAAUUGACCUCCACCACCCAUCUACAUUUGGCACACUUGCCAUGGACCAGAAGCUGAAGCAGUCCAUCAUCGAUGACCUUAACAGGUUCAUCAAGAGAAAGGAUUACUAUAAGAAGAUCGGCAAGGCAUGGAAGCGGGGAUACCUGCUGUAUGGUCCACCUGGGACCGGCAAGUCCAGCCUGAUUGCAGCCAUGGCCAACCAUCUCAGGUUUGACAUAUAUGAUCUCGAGCUAACUGAGGUCAAUUCCAACUCAGACCUUAGGAGGCUUCUUGUUGGCAUGAGCAACCGGUCUAUUCUCAUUGUUGAAGAUAUUGACUGCACCAUCGAUCUGAAACAAAGGGAGGAAGGUGAGGGGCAUGGCAAGUCGAAUUCUACAGAAGAAAACAAGGGAGAAGACAAGGUAACACUGUCUGGCCUGCUUAAUUUUGUUGAUGGGCUGUGGUCAACAAGUGGGGAAGAAAGGAUCAUUGUCUUCACAACCAAUUACAAGGAGCGGCUCGACCCAGCACUAUUGCGGCCUGGAAGGAUGGACAUGCACAUCCACAUGGGGUAUUGCACCCAAGAGUCUUUCCGAAUCCUUGCCAACAACUACCACUCCAUCGACUACCAUGACACAUAUCCAGAGAUUGAGAAACUGAUCAAGGAGGUGACAGUGACACCAGCAGAGGUCGCUGAGGUUCUGAUGAGGAAUGAUGACACUGAUACUGCGCUCCAUGAUCUUGUCAAUUAUCUGAAGUCAAAAAUGAUAGAAACCAAUGAGAUCAAGACUGAACACAAGGAAGCAAAUAACCAACUGAAUGAGGAGAAAGACAUCAGAUAUAGUGACAGAAAAUAAAACCCAGUGCAAUUCCCUCCGAAGAGAAAGCAAUUCGCGGUCUGUGUGGAAGCUAACAACUAUCAAAAGGUGUGCGUAUCAUAUAGCAUAGAUAGAUCCUACAGGAGAUCUAUUGGAGUUUGCAUAUUGUAGAUCAAUGAGGUGCAUUGGUACUUGCAGUGUGUCUGCAGAGUUCUGCUAGUACUGCCACAAUAGCAUGUAUAUGAAUUACAGAUAUGCAGAAUCCAUAUGGCUUCUCAUAUGAAACUGCAAACAUGUCAUUGCCUUGUACAUGCUAAUGUUGGAAAGUGUAUACCAGUACUAUAUUGUUAUUCAA